AUUUUAUGUGUGAACAGAUGGCCGAUUUGAUGAUGAGUACUUUCAACAAACUGAAUCGUCCAGUCAAUUUAGGCAGGAGUAUGAAAUGCGGAGAAUGAAGCAGGAUCAAGGUCUAGAUAUGAUUUCAGAAGGUCUGGAUACCCUGAAAAACAUGGCUCAUGAUAUGAAUGAGGAAUUGGAUAGGCAAGUUCCUAUGAUGGAUGAAAUUGAUACUAAGGUGGACAAAGCGACAGCAGAUCUUCAGAAUACAAAUGUUAGACUUAAAGACACUGUGACUCAGCUGAGGUCCAGCCGAAACUUCUGUAUUGAUAUUGUUCUGUUGUGCAUAAUUCUUGGAAUUGCAGCGUAUUUAUACAAGUAAGUUCCUAUAUCUUGCAUUCUUUAGAGACAUAAACUGUGUUUGCAUGU